AUGCCAUUUACCAAGAGCGAGGUCUCUCCGGCUGAACACAGUAUGUGUGCCGCUGAGUGUAACCUGGCAGACGAUGCAUCAUGGAAGAAGAUCCAGAAGAACACCUUCACACGGUGGUGCAACGAGCACCUGAAGUGUGUAAACAGGUUCAUAGGUGACCCUCGUUUGACCUAAACGACGGGCUGACUAUCAUCGCCCUACUGGAGGUGUUGAGCCAUAAGAAGAUGUUCAGGAAGUACCACACCAGGCCCACAUUCAGACAGAUGAGGCUGGAUAAUGUCUCUGUUGCGCUCAAGCUUCUGGACCAGGAGAAUGUCAAGUUGGUGUCUAUAGGUAAGUGAGAUGGUGAAUUGCUCAGGGAUGAAGUUCAGUCUGGCAGCCAUGCCAAGAUAAGUAAGAAGAUAAAGUCACACUUCUUUGGUUACACUUUACAUGGGGUUGCAUUGUGCAGACACCAUAUUUAUUUAUUUUUUCUAGGUGCCGUUACUUGUACAGUAGUUAUACUUAACUAACUUGAAACAAUUUGGCCAGUUUUCUAUGAUUGAGUUCAGUCAUUGUUGUAUGUACCUAACAGUUACUGUGUACAGCCAUGCAAUUGCAAAUGUUGCCACAAUUUGUUAUGUUAUAAAGUGAAGACUAUAGGUCUGUUUGAUUUACACUGGGAGAUGUGCGAUACUGUAUGUGUUAGAUAACACUGGAUCUCCCAUCCCUUCUUGUGGGUAUAACAUGGUGCUGCCUCAACAGACAGCAAGGCCAUCAUGGACGGGAAUAUGAAGCUGAUUCUGGGGUUGGUGUGGACCUUGAUCCUACAUUACUCCAUCUCUUCUCAUCUACUGGAGGACGGGGGCCAGGACAAGACCAAGAAACAGACCCCUGAGCUACGGCUGCUGGGGUGGAUCCAGGACAAUGUGCCCGAACUGUCUAUCACCAACUUCAGCCAGGACUGGCAGAAUGGCAAGGCUCUGGGGGCACUGGUGGACGGACUGGCCCCAAGUGAACUAUAACUGGAUUCAUGAAAACAACAUCCAGCUUUGUUGUUACUGGGUAAGGGAUACUUCCUAUAGCUUAUAUAGUCUAGAACCUGACCUUUGAUCCUCUGUAUUUCUCCCUGCCUGCAGGCCUGUGUCCAGACUGGGAGAGCUGGGACAAGGUACAGCGAGUAGACAAUGCCAGAGAGGCUUGGGGGAUGACAUCUUAGGUUUUAACUUCUCAGAACAGCCUCUGGGGGGUAAUCUUUUGGCCUACGACAUCAUCGCUCAUCACAGUAUUCACCACACAAACAAAGCCUUCAGGAAGUAGAGUCACUCCUCUCCUCUGCUCAUAGUGAAAGGACGACAUGAAAUGUAGCAGAGUUUACAUCAUACAUGUUGUUUUAGCUUGUAGGGGCGAUGUCACCUUGCAUGUGAACUGAAGAGGCCAGUUUGGGGAAUAAUUGGCACUACCAUAAUUAAUCAGGCUAGGACAUACAGUACAUUUACAUAACCAUUGUUUCUCUUUUGCAUCCAGGUCAUUGCCCCAGAGGAGAUCAUCGACCCUCGUGUGGAUGAGCAGUCCAUCAUGACUUACCUCUCCAUGUUCCCCAAAGCUCAACUGAAAUCUGAAGCAUCCCUCAAACCCAAAUCAGGUGUGCCACUGCUCUGCCCCUCUUCUGUUAAUUAGCGCUCAUAAUAGGCAAUCUGGCUAGCCUUGUUUUUACACAAAGGUGAUUUGUGUUUUGAGGUACAGUGCAUUCAGAAAGUAUUCAGACACCUUGACUUUUUCCACAUUUUGUUACGUUACAGCCUUAUUCUAAAAUUAAUAAAAAAUAAAAUAUAAUCUCUCAUCAAUCUACACAUAAUGCCCCAUAAUGACAAAGCAAAAACAGGUUUUUAGAUAUUUUUGCAAUGUUCUUGGGUAUGACGCUACAAGCUUGGCACACCUGUAUUUUGGGAGUUUCUCCCAUUCUUCUCCAGAGAUGUUUGAUCGGAUUCAAAUCCGGGGUCUGGCUGGGCCACUCAAGGACAUUCAGAGACUUGUCCCGAAGCCAGUCCUGCGUUGUCUUGGCUGUGUGCUUAGGGUCGUUGUCCUGUUGGAAGGUGAACCUUCGCCCCAGUCUGAGGUCCUGAGUGCUCUGGAGCAGGUUUUCAUCAAGGAUCUCUUUGUACUUUGCUCCGUUCAUCUUUCCCUCGAUCCUGACUAGUCUCCCAUUCUCUGCCACUGAAAAACAUCCCCACAGCAUGAUGCUGCCACCACCAUGUUUCACCGUAGGGAUGGUGCCAGGUUUCCUCCAGACGUGACGCUUGGCAUUCAGGCCAAAGUGUUCAAUCUUGGUUUCAUCAGACCAGAGAAUCUUGUUUCUCAUGGUCUGAGAGUCCUUUAGGUGCCUUUUAGCAAACUCAAAGCGGGCUGUCAUGUGCCUUUUACUGAGGAGGGGCUUCCAUCUGGCCACUCUAACAUAAAGGCCUGAUUGGUGGACUGCUGCAGAGAUGGUUGUCCUUCUAGAAGAUUCUCCCAUCUCCACCGAGGAACUCUGGAGCUCUGUCAGAGUGAUCAUCGUGUUCUUGGUCACCUCCCUGACCAAGGCCCUUCUCCCCCGAUUGCUCAGUUUGGCUGGGCGGCCAGCUCUAGGAAGAGUCUUGGUGGUUCCAAACUCUUCCAUUUAAGAAUGAUGGAGGCCACUGUGUUCUUGGGGACCUUCAAUGCUGCAGAAAUGUUUUGGUACCCUUCCCCAGAUUUGUGCCUCGACACAAUCCUGUCUCUGAGCUCUACGGACAAUUCCUUCGACCUCAUGGCUUGGUUUUUGCUCUGAUAUGCACUGUCAACUGUGGGACCUUAUAUAGACAGGUGUGUGCCUUUCCAAAUCAUGUCCAAUCAAUUUAAAUGACCACAGGUGGACUCCAAUCAAGUUGUAGAAACAUCUCAAGGAUGAUCAAUGGAAACAGGAUGCACCUGAGCUCAAUUUCGAGUCUCAUAGCAAAGGGUCUGAAUACUUAUGUAAAUAAGGUAUUUCUGUUUUCCAUUUGUUAUAAAUGUGCAAACAUUUCUAAAAACCUGUUUUUGCUUUGUCAUUUUGGGGUAUUGUGUGUAGAUUGAUGAGGAAGAAAUUCAAUUUUAUCAAUUUUAGAAUAAGGCUGUAACAUAACAAAAUGUGGAAAAAGUCAAGGGGCCUGAAUACUUUCCAAAUGCACUGUAUUUAUGGACAAAUCGUUUGUAUCAGUGACCAAGCCGAAAGCCUGUAGGGUGAGUGGCCGAGGGCUGCAGCCCAAGGGAGUGAGGGUUGGUCAGGUGGCUGACUUCAAGGUAGACACCAGUAGGGCUGGACCUGUGGAACUGGAGGUGCAUAUCAAAGGACCUGGUGAGUGUUUAUCAUUUCUACUGCCCUCUUAUUUUAUUCACAUGAUUCUGUUCAUCCUUUCCUCAAUUGUCCUGGUCCUAUUUUUCUCUUGUACCAGAUGUAGGAUCUUAAUUUGAGCCAGUUUGCUACAGCAGGAAAAUAAUCCUGCAGCAACAGGAAACGUGAAUUAUUAUGUGGAUUUUAAUUAUUGGAAACUUUUUGUAGGGGUUGAUACAUUUUUGUAAGGGAAAAUCAAGUCUAAAAUUACAAACUUUCUAAACGUCAAAUGCACUACAGGUUUUAAAUGUCCUGCGUUGAAGGAAAGUUCUCCUGCAACAGGGUCAUCAAAUUAAGAUCCUACAUCUGUACCUGAACAUGUUGAGCUGCUAGAUUGUGUUUCAUGUGUUUUCUUGGCAGAUGGCUUUGAUGUACCAGUCAUACCGAGAGAGGCCAUUGAUGACAUAUAUCACCCCGACACUGUGGGAAAACAUACAGUAGACAUAACAUGGUCUGGGGAGCACAUUCUCAAGAGGUGAGCUCUCUGUUUAAAACGGAUGUUGUUUUGACAUGGAAUUAAUAUUUCAUGGAGCAAUUGCCCUUUAUCCGUUGACAGCCCCUUUGAGGUUGACGUUGGUCCCAAAGCGGGCCCCCAGCUCGUCCGGGCGUGGGGUCCUGGUCUGGAGGGGGCAUGGUGGAAAUGUCAGCUGACUUCAUCGUGGAAUUCAUCUGAGAUGAUGCAGGGAUGUUAGGUAAGUUUGACUGGCUGUUUAAUGAUGCAGUCACAGAGUAUUCUAGAAAGAUGACUUCUAGUAUUUUCUGUAGAUUAGCAUGUACAGUGCAUUCUGAAAGUAUUCAGACCCCUUCCCCUUUUCACGUCUUGUUACGUUACAGCCUUAUUCUAAAACUGAUUUAAAAAAUUUAAAGAUCCUCAUAAUGACAAAGUGAAAACUGGUUUUUAGAAAUUUUAUUUACUUAAGUAUUCAGACCCUUUGCUAUGAGACUCGAAAUUGAGCUCAGGUGCAUCCUAUUUCCAUUGAUCAUCCUUGAGAUGUUUCUACAACUUGAUUGGAGUCCACCUGUGGAAAUUAAAUUUUGAUUUGGAAAGGCACACACCUGUCUAUAUAAGGUCCCACAGUUGACAGUGCAUGUCAGAGCAAAAACCAAGCCAUGAGGUCGAAGGAAUUGUCCGUAGAGCUCCGAGACUGGAUUGUGUCGAGGCACAGAUCUGGGGAAGGGUACCAACAAAUCUCUGCAGCAUUGAAGGUCCCCAAGAACACAGUGGCCUCCAUCAUUCUUAAAUGGAAGAAGUUUGGAACCACCAAGACUCUUCCUAGAUCUGGCUGCCCGGCCAAACCGAGCAAUUGGGGGAGAAGGGCCUUGGUCAGGGAGGUGACCAAGAAUCCUAUGGUCACUCUGACAAAGCUCCAGAGUUCCUCUGUGGAGAUGGGAGAACCUUCCAGAAGGACAACCAUCUCUGCAGCACUCCACCAAUCAGGCCUUUAUGGUGGCCAGACGGAAGCCACUUCUCAGUAAAAGACACAUGACAGCCUGCUUGGAAUUUGCCAAAAGGCACAUAAAAGUCUCUCAGACCAUGAGAAACAAGAUUCUCUGGUCUGAUGAAACCAAGAUUGAACUCUUUGCCCUGAAUGCCAAGCGUCACGUAUGGAAGAAACCAAGCACCGCUCAUCACCUGACCAAUGCCAUCCUUAUGGUGAAGCAUGGUGGUGGCAGCAUCAUGCCGUGGGGAUGUUUUUCAGCGGCAGGGACUGGGAGACUAGUCAGGAUCGAGGGAAAGAUGAACGGAGCAAAGUACAGAGAGCUCCUUGAUGAAAACCUGCUCCAGAGCGCUCAGGACCUCAGACUGGGGCGAAGGUUCACCUUCCAACAGCACAACGAUCCUAAGCACACAGCCAAGACAACGCAGGCGUUCUUAGGGACAAGUCUCUGAAUGUCCUUGAGUGGCCCAACCAGAGCCCGGACUUGAACCCGAUCGAACAUCGCUGGAGAGACCUGAAAAUAGCUGUGCAGCGACGCUCCCCAUCCAACCUGACAGAGCUUGAGAGAAUCUGCAGAGAAGAAUGGGAGAAACUCCUCAAAUACAGGUGUGCCAUGGUUGUAGCGUCAUACCCAAGAAGACUCAAGGCUGUAAUCGCUGAUAAAGGUGCUUCAACAAAGUACAGAGUAAAGGGUCUGAAUACUUAUAUAAAUUAGAUGUUUCUGUUUUUAAUUUUUUGUGUUUGUGCAAAAAUGUCUAAAAACCUGUUUUUGCUUUGUCAUUAUGGGGUAUUGUGUGUAGAUUGAUGAGGGGAAUAGAAAAACAUGUGGAAAAAGGGAAGGGGUCUGAAUACUUUCCGAAUGCACUGUAUUUCUCCCACCUUGGAUUUAAAUGAAUCUAGCCUCUAAAAUGCAUCUCUCUGCUCGGUAGGCUUUGCCAUCGAGGGUCUCUCUAAGGCCAGGUUCGAGUGUGAUGACCAAGAUGAUGGCUUGUGUGACGUGAGGUUCUGGCCCACAGAACCGGGGAAAUACGCUGUGCAUGUGACCUGUGAUGAAGAUGAGAUCGAGGACAAUCCUUUCAUGUCCCACAUAAGCCCCAAUAAAAAUAAAUGCUACCCACACAAGGCGAGUGCCUCCCUGCAGUUACUGGGUCCAUUUGUUCUGCUCUAUUUAGCAUUUGGGUCAUUCUGCGCUUCUCCAUGUAUUUGGAACAUUCUGCGCUUGUCCAUGUAUUUGGAACAUUCUGCGCUUGUCCAGGGAUGCAGAAGUCUUGCAGCACAUGAAGUGAUUUUGUAAGUGAUUUUGUAAACUGUACUUGAGACUUAGGUACAGUAAAUUAUUUUGUUCAGUUAGUAAUUUGAUGUAUUUUUCAGGUGAAAGUGUAUGGAACAGGCGUGAGUCAGGGUGGCUGUAUAGUGAACAGUGGAUGCCAGGUUUGCUGGCGAUGGGUCAUUGGGCAUCCUUGCUUGGGUAAGAGGUGUCUGUACAAACAUCAAAGAUACACUGGCAGCAUAAGGCUGAGUCAGCCCUAUUUAGGCUCCAUGAUGCCAUGUCUGUUUGAUGAAUUCUAAUAUGGUCCCACUUUACUAAAGUUCUUUGCCAUAACGAACUGUGCUAGAUAUGAUGUACAUUAGUAUUCACUACAGUUAUUACUGUUGAAUAUGGCCUUAAAGUAGGACUUAUUCUAUGCGUAUAUCAUUCCUCUAACCCAUAGGGCAUUGAUGAAGUCCCAGUCAACGUGGAGGUGGUUCGUAAAGAGCUGGGCCUCUAUACUUGCUACUACACUCCAACCACUCUGGCCAAACACACUAUCUGUGUGACUUGGGGAGGGGUCAGUGUCCCUGGCAGUCCUUUCAGAGUAAGUAAAAAUAUAAUAAUUAAAAUAUGAACCAUUCAACAUUUUAUUUUAAAUAUAUUUUUAUAUAUUUGCCUUUGUCUUUGUAUGAAAUUGUUGUCUAUUUUAGGUGACCCCUGACAGAGUUCGAAUAGAACCAUAAUUUAACGGCUCAAACAUUAGAGCUAAAGGGUCAGGGAAGCCUGGUGAGCUGAUUUUACACAUAAACUGUUAUACUAACAGCUUUUAUGAUAACAUUUGAUGCUUUCAUCCUCUUUUUAGGUCAAAGCUUAUGGACCAGGUUUGAAGGGUGGUUUCGAGGGAACCCUAAAAUGGGACAUACUCACUGGCAUGCUCCACUUGUCUGGAGGGUUCUCACUCUCUGGUUAUCAAGUAUGCCGAUAAGGAUGAGUUUUGCAGGUAAGACUUCAGAUCGCAUUUUUAAAAAGAACACAAUGUUUUUUCAAGUGUGAAAUACCAUUUAAGGAAACAAUCUUUUUCAUGUUAACAUGUUCUUUACUGUAUUUCAGUCUCUCCCACUUCCAAGUGCUGCCCACAAAUCAGGCCAACACGUUGAUAGUCUCGGGGUCAGGCUUAGAGUCAGAAACUUGCGCCCAAACUUCCCAGACCUUCACUAUUGACUGUAGCAAGACGGGAGAGGCCCCAGAGUCUGUUGCUGUUAUGACACCUACCAUUGAGAAAAUUAUUUAAUUUCUAUCUGAUUUUCAUGUUUCUUUCUUCUUCAUAUUCAUAUAUUUUAUUUGACUGCCAUGUUGCUUUUGCCAUCUUUUACUUUAUUCAGGUAAGAUGGAGCUUGUGGAGGUGACAGACAAUGGGGAUGGAACCUUCUCAGUGGCCUACUCCCCUUCCAAUGGAGGGCCCUCACUCUCUAGUGGUCAAAUAUGCAGAUGAAGAUGAAUUCUGCAGGUAAGAAUUGAAUUGAAUUCUGCAGUUGCUCAUGUUCGUUCAAAUUGUUAUUGUGAUCAGUUUAGUGAAAUGUUCAGUGUCAAUUUUUCAGUUUGUUGCAGUCCCUUCAACUUACAUGUGAAACCCUCUAAUGAUGCCAACAAGUUGAAAGUGUCUACUCCAGUUUUGGAGUCAGGAGUUUGUGCCAAGAUACCUCAGACCUUCACCAUAGACUAUAGCAAGACUGGAGAGGUCCCAGAAGCUGUGGCUGUCAUGACGACAAGUGGUGAGUACGCUAUUUAAUUGAUUACCAGCAAACAUCUUUGUUGGUAUUGCAUAAAGUUGUAUAGUUUCACUUCGGUGAAAAUUGUGUAUUUCUUUAUUGUAUCUAUGCAGGUAAAAUGGAGCUUCUGGAUGUGACAGACAAUGGAGAUGGGACAUACUUAGUGGCCUACUCCCCUUCUAUGGAGGGUUCUCACUUUCUGGUUGUUAAAUAUGUCGAUGAGGAUGAAUUUUGCAGGUGGGACUUCAGAUGGUGUUAAAAAUAUAUAUAUAUAUAUAUAAACAGGUUUUUAAUCAGGAAAUACAAUUUUAGGAAAGUCUUUUUCAUGUCAAUAUGUUCUAUACUUUAUUUCAGUCUCUCCAACUUCCAAGUGCUGCCCACAAAUCAGGCCAACAAGUUGAAAGUCUCUGGCUUGGAGUCAGGAAUUUGUGUCAAAACUCCCCAGACUUUCACCAUUGACUGUAGCAAGACUGGAGAGGCUCCAGAGUCUGUUGCUGUUAUGACACCUAGUGGUGAGAACAUGAUUUCAUAUACAGUGAUCCCUCGCCACUUCGCGGUUCACUUAUCGCGGAUUCGCUAUUUCGCGGAUUUUCAUAAUGCAUUUUUUUUUUUUUUGGUGCAUUGUGCUCUGCAUUCUGAUUCGCUAAAAACUCACUCCCGCUUCUUGUAUCAAAACAUGCUACGAAUUGUGCUAUCAUUUUGUCGUCUCGUGCAGUUAUGUGUACGUACAUAAAACAGCUUGGCAAAUUUACAUUAAGUUGGCCAAAUUAUCUUGUAAUUUCGAACAUCUCCUAAACCCAUAAUGUCGACGAAACGGCCUGGACCGACAAAAGCACCUGCGGAUGGGCCCAAACGGCGGAAGAUGCUACCUAUCUCAGAUAAAGUUAAACUUCUGGACAUGCUAAGGGAAGGUAAAAGCUAUGCAGCCGUUGCUCGCCAUUACGGAAUCAAUGAAUCUUCCGUUCGUUACAUAAAGAAGGAGGAAAAAAACAUAAGGACGACAGCAGCAGUCAAUGAGGAGGAAGGACUAACGCUUGGUCGCUUAGCAACCAUGGUGCGAAUGGCCACUGAACUUAAGCGAGUAGCUGAGGAAUGGGACCCUUUGAUGAGCCGUUCAUUACAGUUCUCCAACGUAAUCGAUGGUGGCAUGUCGGUGUACAAGGAUCUUUUUGCAAAGAAGAAAAAAGAGCGACAACAGCUGCCUAUCACUAUGUUCUUCUCCCGAACAAACACACCUGCACCGCGGGCUUCAGAAGAAGAGAACACUGCAGAGCGCAGUCAGGAUGCAGCGGCCCAGUCUGAAGAGCAGUGAAACGGCCUACACGUGAGUCACUGUAUUUGUAUACAUGUAAUAGUUGCUAAUUGUAAAAAAAAAAAAGUUUUCUAUUUCGCGGAUUUCACUUAUCGCGGGUCAUUUUCGGAACGUAACCCCCGCGAUAAACGAGGGAUUACUGUACAUGUAUAUCUGAUAUUCAUGUUUUUGUUCUUCUGAUCCAUGUAUGUUUUCAUUGACUGUCAUGUUGCUUUCCCUGUCUUUUACUUUAUCCAGGUAAGAUGGAGCUUGUGGAGGUGACAGACAAUGGAGAUGGAACCUACUCUGUGGCCUACUCCCCUUCCAUGGAGGGUCCUCAUUCUCUGGUGGUCAAAUAUGCUGAUGAAAAUGAGUUUUCCAGGUAGAACGUAAAAUAAUUCGGGGGAGAAAAUCCCUUAUACUAACCUUUUGCCAUUUUAAUAACGUCAUUCUUACAUUUCCUGUAAGUCGCUCUGGAUAAGAGCGUCUGCUAAAUGACUAAAAUGUAAUUAAGUCAAUAUGUUUUGACCAUGACAGUUUACAAUCUAAGGUAACUCCUCAACUUGCUCAACAGCCACACCAUUCAUUACCAAAUUCAGCUGAUGUCUAGAAAUUGUACCAAAUACAAUGCUCUUAGUUUUAGAAAUGUUUAGGACCAGUUUAUUACUGGACACCCAUUCCAAAACUGACUGCAACUCUUUGUUUAGGGUUGCAGUGAUUUCACUACCUGUGGUUGCUGACACAUAUAGGGUUGAAUCAUCUGCAUACAUGGACACACAGACUUUGUUUAAUGCCAAUGGCAGGUCAUUGGUGAAAAGAGUAGAGGGCCAAGAGAGGUGCCCUGCUGUACACCACACUUUACAUGUUUAACAUUAGAGAAGCUUCCAUUAAAGAAAACUAUCUGUUCUAUUAGAUAGAUAGCUCUGAAUCCACGAUAUGGCAGAGGUUGAAAAGCCAUAACACAUAUGUUUUUUCAACAACAGGUGGUCAAUAAUAUCAAAGGCUGCACUGAAAUCUAACAGUACAGCUCCCACAAUCUUCUUAUUAUCAAUUUCUUUCAACCAAUCAUCAGUCAUUUGUGUCAGUGCAGUACAUGUUGAGUGCCCUUCUCUAUAAGCAUGCUCAAAGUCUGUUGUUAAUUUGUUUACAGAGAAAUAAGCAUUGUAUUUCGUCAAACACAAUUUUUUCCAACAGUUUGCUAAGAGCUGGCAGCGAGCUGAUAGGUCGGCUGUUAGAACCAGUAAAGGCUGCUUUACCAUUCUUGGGUAUUUUUUACUAUUCUCUACAUUGUAGAAUAGUAGUGAAGACAUCAAAACUAUGAAAUAACACAUAUGGAAUCAUGUAGUAACCAAAAAAGUGUUAAACAAAUUUAAAAAAAAUACAUAUAUAUAUAUAUAUUAAAUAGAAGAUUCUUCUAAUAGCCACCCUUUGCCUUGAUGACAGCUUUGCACACUCAUGGCAUUCUCUCAAAAAGGAGUUCCCACAUAUGCUGAGCACUUGUUGGCUGCUUUUCCUUCACUCUGCGGUCCGACUCAUCCCAAACCAUCUCAAUUGGGUAGAGGUAGGGGGAUUGUGGAGGCCAGGUCAUCUGAUGCAGCACUCCAUCACUCUCCUUCUUGGUCAAAUAGCCCUUACACAGCCUGGAGGUGUGUUGGGUCAUUUUCCUGUUGAAAAACAAAUGAUAGUCCUACUAAGCCCAAACCAGAUGGGAUGGCGUAUCACUGCAGAAUGCUGUGGUAGCCAUGCUGGUUAAGUGUGCCUUGAAUUCUAAAUAAAUCACAGACAGUGUCACCAGCAAAGCACCCCCACACCAUCACACCUCCUCUUCCAUGCUUUACGGUGGGAAAUACACAUGCGGAGAUUAUCCGUUCACCCGCACCGCGUCUCACAAAGCCACGGCGGUUGGAACCAGAAAUCUCCAAUUUGGACUCCAGACCAAAUGACAAAUUUCCACCAGUCUAAUGUCCAUUGUUUGUGUUUCUUGGCCCAAGCAGUCUCUUCUUAUUAUUGGUGUCCUUUAGUAGUGGUUUCUUUGCAGCAAUUUGACCAUUAAGGUCUGAUUCACACAGUCUCCUCUGAACAGUUGAUGUUGAGAUGUGUCUUUUACUUGAACUCUGUGAAGCAUUUAUUUGGGCUGCAAUUUCUGAGGCUGGUAACUCUAAUGAACUUAUCCUCUGCAGCAGAGGUAACUCUGGGUCUUCCAUUCCUGUGGCGGUACUCAUGAGAUCCAGUUUCAUCAUAGAGCAUGAUGGCUUUUGUGACUGCACUUGAAGAAACUUUCAAAGUUCUUGAAAUUUUCCGAAUUGACUGACCUUCAUGUCUUAAAGUAAUGAUGGACUGUUGUUUCUCUUUGCUUAUUUGAGCUGUUCUUGCCUUAAUAUGGACUUGGUCUUUUACCAAAUAGGGCUAUCUUCUGUGUAACCCCCCCUACCUUGCCACAACACAACUGAUUGGCUCAAACGCAUUAUGAAGGAAAUAAAUUCCACAAAUGUACUUUUAAGAAGGCACACCUGAUAAUUGAAAUGCAUUCCAGGUGACUAUCUCAUGAAGCUGGUUGAGAGAAUCCCAAGAGUGUGAAAAGCUGUCAUCAAGGCAAAGGGUGGCUAUUUGAAGAAUGUCAAAUAUAAAAUACAUUUGGAUGUGUUUAACACUUUUUUUGGUUACUACAUGAUUCCAUAUGUGUUAUUUCAUAGUUUUGAUGUCUUCACUAUUAUUCUACAAUGUAAAAGAUUGUAAAAAUAAAGAAAAACCCUUGAAUGAGUAGGUGUGUCCAAUCUUUUGACUGGUAGUGUACAUUUCUCUCAAGUUCUUGGCUCUUUCCAGAGCAUACACAACUGAACUGUGGUCCUCUGUAGCUCAGCUGGUAGAGCACGGCGCUUGUAACGCCAAGGUAGUGGGUUCAAUCCCCGGGACCACCCAUACACAAAAAUGUAUGCACGCAUGACUGUAAGUCGCUUUGGAGAAAAGCGUCUGCUAAAUGGCAUAUCUUUAUUUAUUUUUAUUUUUUAUGACUUACAGAUUGCGGUCAUCUUGCUGUUUAAACUAAUCGAGCUGACCCUGGGAGAACUGCAAACUGUUCUUCAGGCCUCUGGUCAGAUUGUCCAUUCUUUUAUUAGUUGACUCCACCAGUAUUUGGACACAACACUUUAAGCUAUUUUCUUGUUGUUGUAACAACUGCUUGUAGAAAAUGUUUUUGUUUGUUUAAAAGAUCCUUCACCUGUGAUAGAGAUUCACCACUGUCUUCAACAGUACUCCCACCGGCUUUGGUCUUUGUCAUGGUAACAACGUAGGCUACGCUGUUACUCCUCGCAGUUCCAGACAGGUCAGGUCGCAGGGCAGAUGGAAACAGCAAUAAACAGCAGCGAUUCAAAAAGUCACAAUCCGUGGUCCUAGCCACAAGGGCUGUGGGCUGUGUACAAGAUGCUAAGGAAACCUGGCUAGCUGGAUAUUUAGCUAACUUUAGUUAGAGUAGUCAAAUUAGAUGCAUUUCAACCAAGGUUGGGGGUCAGUUGUUACAUUUUUUAUUCUUGAAUUGUAUUUUUAAUUCUCCUGAAUUUACUAAAUAUAAAUGGAAUUCACACCAACGCUGGUUACCACUACCAAAUAAUGUGUAUUAUAGCCUAUUAUAUGCCUACUGAAAUAGUUUUGACGUUUCAUUUUUCUUGUAACUUUAUGUAUAUAUAAUAGGUGAAUCUCAUGCCUGUGUGUUAAGGUAAUGUUUUUUUUUUCGUUGCAUGCUGGACCUGUUCUGUGUGUAUGUGCUCAGGCUCCAGACAAUGACUUGGACUCAGGACGUGAUGGGCAGCAGUCCAAAUGGAAGCAAAAAGCUUCUCACAGAGAUGGCCAGCCUUCGGUAUGGACAUUCUUCCCUUUCAGAGCGGCAGGAAUAUAUGCAGCUUUGGAGCUGUCUGUUUAAUUGACGAUUAAACAUGAUCACUAUGGGUGUGGGGCUCCCAAAUUACUCUAACAUCCUUUUAAAUAAUUUUCUAUCAAGACAACAAGCUUUUAUAUAGUGCUGUUCAUUUACAUUUUAGCUCUUUGUUGCGCCGUAUAAUACAGCUUGAUUAAAAAGCCCACUGGUGUUGGAAAGUUGUCAUAGCCACUUUUAGCACCUCUCUCUCUACAGAUGACACACAUCUCUUACAUUCCCCUUAGCCAUGUGAACCGAACUGGACUGAUGCCCUUUGACAUUGUUAUGGCAUACAGCUUGACAGAGGGGGAAAUCAAAGGUGGAACAUAGAUGCCUGCAUUGAAGUUUUCUAACUUUUCAUGUAUCCUGGAAGCGAUUUACCAGAGAUUGGUGGAAAAUAACACCUUUUAGUUGUAUUCACAUUUGCUCAAUUCACAAUUGCGCUCAAAAAUGAUUUCUUAGGUGAAGUAUGUAUUCCAUCCGGUAAUAGGGCCCCGGCUGAUGUAACUGAUAACCGAGAUGGAACGGUCACACUGAUGUAUGAUCCCACAGAAGAAGGCCUCCAUCAAAUGCACAUCAAGGUUGAUGGCACUGCUCUCCCCGGUAAGAGUGAUGUCAGGUUUAUUAAACCCAUUCCUUACAUAUAAUAGAAAGGCAAAAAAUAAGCUAACCAUUGUCUUAUUACUCAAAUCUGCAUUUUAGAGAGCCCUCUCCAGUUCUACGUGAACAAUGCCAGUAACUCUGACACUAUGGCACAUGGGGCAGGCCUAGUCUAUGGCAUGACAAACAAGAUCGCAACCUUCACCAUCUUCAACAAAGACUCAACACACUGUAAGAGUCCCUUCAUUAGCAAAUGAGAAAUACUUACUUUUGAACCUAAAGACAGAACACACGAAAUGCAACUAACACCACACCAAAGGUUUCUGAAUCAUUCUGGAAGGCAGAUACUAUACCUGUUCUUUAAUCACCAGGUAAACUGGACAUUUCCCUCGAGGGUCCAUCUAAAGCAGAGAUUCGCCUCAUGAACAACACAGUUUCUGGUGACUACAGCAUCCUAGUACGACACAACAACGAGCACAUCACAGGAAGUCCCUUCACGGCAAGGAUCGCUAGUAAGCAGCAGUAUCUACAGUAUGUGGUUGGUAGGUCUACAGGGUAGGAAAGGUAGAACUAAAAUUAAGAUAAAGAGAAUGUUUAAGAACUUCACCUCACCUUUGCUGUCUCACCUGUCUCACCUGUCCCUGUGCAGUGGCUGGUGAAGGUGUGGUUCCCCGGAGGUCCCGCAGGGUGAUGUUGGGCACAGCGACUGACUUCAGCCUGGACAUCAUAGAAGAGGAUAUCAGUCUGCUCACAGCCAGCAUCAUGUUUCCCUCAGGCCUGGAUGUGUCCUGCCUGCUGAAGAGGCAGCCUGACAGACACAUAGGUCAGGGUUCAGGAGUUGAGGGCACUGGGGACUAA